AUGCUGUCCCCAACGACGCCGCGCUCGACGCGACUGUGCUCGCCAGCCCAGGGCGACGCAGACGAAAACCCGUCUGCAAUUCUAACGCCUGGCCGAAAGAUCAGGGCUCUUCUUGCAGCAUUUGACAGUGACUCCUCCGAAGAUGAUGUCAGGCCUAGUCGAGCGCGCAACAAGCUGAGUGCUGGACUGGACCUAGUCCAUCAGGCCAGUACCAGCCACGACGAGAAGAAUGAUGACGACGCAUUACCGUCAGCACCGAGAGGACGAUUGGCUGCAAGACUAUAUACUGAAUCUGGGGCCUCGCAGCCACCCAAAGGCGAUAUAGACAUGGAGCAAGGAAAUCUGUCAGAUACUUCUCAGUCGUCGCUGGGAUCCACUCCUUUUUCUACGCGGAGAUCGCGAUCACAUGCCGGUUUAAAGCGACGCAGCCUAUCGCACCGAGACUCCUCCCCUUUGUUUGUUCCCCAGGAUUCGCCGGUUAGGAGAGUCGAGAGUGGAAAUAACGUGAACCAACUGGAAAGCGAAGCAGAGCCACAAAAGACACAGUCUCGUUUUGAGGCUCUCGUGGCACAGAAGCGAAAAGAAAGAGAAGAAAAGGAGCAACAGGAGGCGGAAAAGAAAGCCGAGCGGAUCAACAGCAUUGCCGCUGCUAGGUCCCAAUCUCUGUCCGACGCCGAAGCGACGGAUGAAGAAGAUGACGAUGGCAACGAAAUUUUUAGAAAGCUUACGCAAAAGUCCCGUCCGCCGCGAAAAGCUAGUAAAAGAGCUCUUCUGGAGAUGAACCGUGAAACCCAGCGGAUGAGUCGUAAUAUGCAGUUGACUCACCAGGCGACAACAAAGAAGACAUUCAGUGUGAGCAGUUUUCUCGAGAGGUUUAGUAAAAACUGCACAGUUAAACAAGGAUUGUCCACACCUGAUUCUGCUCUCGAUUCAACCAAUUGCCUGGUUCCCAGCUCAGUGAGCCAUUCGGAUAAUGAUAAUGCAGAGCGCGACGGUCAUGUUACGCCUCCAACUUCUCCACUACAGCAAAUAGAUAUUGAUGAGCAGACAAAGAUCCCCGGUACUGCUGGGUCUACUAUCGAAACAAAUAUCGACACGGAAUCGGCCGCUAUUCCUGAGCAUAAUAUCACCGAUGCCACAUUUAACAAGAAGGAGAAUAUUUCAUCCAAGGAAUAUCUUCCCAAACCCACAGGUAUUCCUCAGAAUAUACGCCAGGUCCGAAUUAAUCUUUCUCGAGAAGCUGUCGCUGAAGGGCAGAAAAAUGACUCUGACUCCGAUCUAGAAGUUGUCACGUCACCAGCGAAAGCUCGGAAGCUAGCGCUUUUUGAAAACUUCUCCGCAAAAACAUCCUCAUCUUCAGAUACUUUGCGAAAAUUGAAACUUCUCGCACGGGUCACCUCUCCCGCAAAAAAUCGCGGGCUAACUCGCGCUGAGCAUGAGGCGUUUCUAUUACGACGAGCAAGAAAGCAAGCUGCUGAUGAGAGAGCGGAGAAGAUUGCCGCGCUUCAAGCCAAAGGUGUGCACAUCCAGACUGCAGAGGAGAAAGCAUGUAUAGAAGAAGACGUCGAGGAUCUGAUGGAGAAGGCACGGAAGGAAGCUGACAAAAUUGCAAGAAGAGAAAAAGCUACGAAAAAAGAGAAGAACCAGGAUUCUGUAGAUCUUGAGAACAGCGAUGAGGAUACGGAGUUCAUGGAAAUCGAGGAAAGCGAGGAUGAAGAUUUUGAGGCUGAGGAUGAAGUUGAGGAGCAAAGCGAAAACGAGUCAUCAGAGGAACUUGAUAAACUUGCGGAUACUACGGAUGCUGGUGACCCAAUUGACGAUCUCGAUAUAAAUGUUUCUGAGGAUGAGCUCACCGACCUCGGGCUCAAAAAAGUGUCGCAGCCGCGAAGGAAACAAAAGUUUGUAUCUGAUGAUGAUGAGGAGGAGGAGGAGGAGGAGGAGGAAGAAGAAGAAGAAGAGCCUGCUAUAAUUGCUCAGACGCCCGUGAAACUUUUAAUCCCUGACCUGGGAAUGCCCAAAGAGCCUCUCAUUGGAUUAUCACAGGCAUUUGCAGCGACUCUGGCAGAUAGCCAAGACAGUAUGGAGGAGCACGACUCCCUUUCUGCCCUCCGCAAAAUGCCAGGAUUUGAUAUGGGAGUAGGAGACCUUAUAGAGUCGGAAUCAUAUGGAGUCCCCCAGGAUAGCCAAGUGCAAGACAGUGGGACACUCAAUCUACUUGCAGAAUUCCCCGGGAAUGAUACACAUCUCCUGGAAUCUCCAGCUACUAAAACAGUGAGCGAGUUUUCCCAGAUCCCGGAACCUAGCCAGGACAUCGGAUUCGUGAUGUCGCCAUUUGACCAACGAAAGCGAUUUCUCAGCCAACCUCCUUCUACCAUAGACACUGUCCCAGUACUAAGAGAUGAAUCACCCGCGGCGAAAAGGCCAGGGAGGCGGCUCCGACGCGGCGCCAUUCAUCCAGAGGUGGAUGCUGUGGAUGAUUUCCUCGUUCAGCCCAGCGCAUUUGAUGUGAUGCGAAAGGUGGCGAGAAAGCCGGAGACGCCUUUCGAUAAGAAAAAGAGCAAAGCGAAGGAAGUUGUCGAUGAGGCUGCAGAGGAAUCUGAAGAUGAGUAUGCGGGAUUGGGUGGUGCAAGCGACGAGGAGUCAGAUGAGGAGGAUGAUUUAGACUUGACAAUGAUUAACGACAAUAGCGGUGAAGUUGUUGAUGAACAAGAAUUGGCUGCUCUUAAUGCGAACCAUGCAAGGCAGAAGGAUGAGGGUGAGGUGAACAAGCUUAUCCGAGACAUCACUACGGGUGCACUUCGUCGAAAGCGCGGUAUGGGAGAUGAUUUUGACCUCUCUGAUUCUGAUGAUGAGCGUGUUGCAGCCCGGCGUCGUGCCAAACAGCGAGAGUUCGCGAAAAUGCGGAAAGCUAUACUAACUGAUGAAAAUAUCACGAAGAUUGCGGAUGAUCCGAAAAAACAAGCCUUCUUCAAAACUAUCGAAGACAGGGAUGGGGACGAUGGCUUUGAUUUUCUCCGUGACGAAUGUGGUGAAUCGAGCUCUGAUACAGGCAUAAUGCUGGACGGGACCCCUGAAUGCAGCAAGAACAGCAGCGAAGAUGCUAAUAUGAAUGGAAAACGGCCGUUGAAUCCAGCAGAACCGAACUUGCUUAAUCAACCUGCAGCGAAAUUACGCCGUACAACAGGCUCAGGGGUAAAGAAGCCUUCCACUUUGGCGGAGAUUCGUGCACAGGUUUCGUCUCUUAUCGGAGAGCCGGACUCCCACACGGUUCAAGUCGUACUUGAUAGCCAGACAGAGUCACUCGAGGAGGAUCGAGCGGGUGCCAGAGACUCGCUGCCUCUUUUAGAACCUCGUCAAACCGGUAAUCCUCGCCGCCACGGCAAAGUUGUUGACCGUCUUUCUCUCCGCAGAGCAGCGUCCUCCAACGCGGCAAUGUCGUCGCUCUCUGUAGGAAGCGCAUCGUCGUCGGUAUCUAAACUUGCCUUCCAUAGUUCAUCUAGCACCCCAGGGUUCAAGCGCCCCUUAUUGCUUCUCCGUCGUUCGACAUCAAGCUCCACCGCUUCGUCUUCUUCGUCGUAUUCCUCCUCAUCCGGACGCAGCAGCGGGGUCACUACACCUGCCGCUAUCGCAGUCGUCAAAUCCGAUGGCACCGGUGGCGUUAAUGUGAGUAGUAAGAAGGGGGCGGUUAAUUAUUACGCCGCCGCUAGGGAGAAGGAGAGAGAGAUGCAGCUGAAGAAGAACUUACUUAAGGAGAGCGCGGCUUCCAGAAAAACGCUGGAGGAGCAUAGAGCGAAUAGAGAAAAGAGAUUGACCGGCCUCCAUGGGGGUGGCAACUGGGGUGACUCCUAG